CACUUUUGAUAUUCGAGCGGGCAAUUCGCAAUCAGCUGAUGCUCUGUAUAUGAUUGUAUGUAUCGUUCGACUUUACUUUGAACUGUUCAUUGAAUUUAUUUAAGGAUGGGCGAAAACGUACAAGGAACAUUUGUAUCCGAAAAAAUUUCCAAAAUAAGGUGGCAACAUGGUGAUUUCACAGAAGCAAGGAAUUUCUUAACUGGCAGUUGGGAUAACCCGGUAAAUAAAAUUACGCAUUGGACAUUUAGAACAAAUUAUGAUGAAGAACCAUCUCCUGUAGUCUUGUCAUCAUAUACAUUCCUUGGUGAUGUUACUGAAUUGAAGUUUAUUAGCAAAGAUUUCUUCGUGGUUUCAUCAUCUUUAGGUUCAGUAAGAUUAUUGCAAAUUGAGGAAGAGUGUGCUGAAUUCAAAGAACAUAUGGCAUGGGAAUUUAUACAUAAUUUUAAGACAACAGAUUAUGCCUCUUGUACUGCAUUGUCUACUUUUGAACAAGAUAUAGCUUCUGCGGGAGAAGAUGGAAAACUUAAUCUUCUUACAGCUGCAGAGAAAAAACCAGUUAGAGUUAUUGAUGCUGAUAGCUGCUCCAUAUAUUGCGUUGAUUUUUUAAAACAUAACGAAGUGCUUACUGGAAAUUCAAGAGGACAUAUGAAAAUUUGGGAUUUGAGAAGCAAUCGAGAUGUGCCUGAUACAACUUUUAUGCUCUCUGAUCAAGUUAAAACAGCAGCUACAAGUGUUACGCAUCAUCCCACACAAAGACAUAUUGUAGUUGCUGGUGGAGGUGAUGGCAGUUUAACUGCAUGGGACUUGAGAGAAAACACUUAUCCAGUGUUGCAACUCAAUGCACAUACUAAAGCCAUCAGUGAAAUACUUUUCCAUCAAGACAGACCAGACAAUAUCUUUACUUGUUCUGUCAGUGGAGAAUUAUGGCAUUGGAAUAAUGCACAAAGUUCAAAACUGAAACUUGAUUCUACAGAUACACAUUGGUUGAAGCAAACGAUUAGCGCAAAUGGGAAAGUUAAUGCGACUUCAUUGUGUGCUGCUAUGCAUAAACCGAUUAACAGCAUCGACAUCAAUAGAUCGACGCUUCUUUUUGGAUGUGACAAUGAAGCAAUGGACAGUUCAACAUCCAGCAAUGCGACUACCACAGCCGCUACGGCGACAAAGAGCCAAGUGCAGUUUAAUCAAUAUACCAUGCUGCCAUACACGCCAAAAUAUUAUGAACUUUAUAAGAAAAGAAUUACUUUGCCUGUAUUCGAAUAUCGUACUGACUUUAUGAGAUUGUUGUCCACGCAUCAAUGUAUUGUUCUUGUUGGAGAAACAGGUUCUGGCAAAACUACACAGAUACCACAAUGGUGUGUAGAAUAUUCAAGGAGUAUUGGAAGUAAAGGAGUUGCUUGUACACAACCAAGAAGAGUGGCUGCUAUGAGUGUAGCACAGAGAGUUUCAGAGGAAAUGGAUGUUGCCUUAGGUCAAGAAGUAGGAUAUAGCAUCCGUUUUGAAGAUUGCAGUUCACCAAGAACCGUAUUGAAGUAUAUGACUGAUGGUAUGUUGCUUCGUGAAGGCAUGUCUGAUCCAAUGCUGGAUGCGUAUCAAGUGAUACUGCUUGACGAAGCUCAUGAAAGAACAUUAGCCACUGACUUGCUCAUGGGUGUUUUGAAGGAAGUGAUCAAGCAGAGACCGGACCUAAAACUUGUGAUUAUGAGUGCUACUUUGGAUGCUGGAAAGUUUCAGCAGUACUUUGACAAUGCACCACUUAUGAAUGUACCUGGUAGAACACAUCCAGUCGAGAUAUUUUAUACACCAGAACCGGAAAGGGAUUAUCUAGAAGCAGCUAUUAGAACUGUCAUUCAAAUCCAAAUGUGUGAAGAAAUUCCCGGCGAUCUCUUGUUAUUUUUGACUGGUCAAGAAGAAAUCGAGGAAGCUUGCAAGAGAAUUAAAAGAGAAAUGGACAACUUGGGACCCGAUGUUGGUGAAUUAAAGUGUAUACCGCUGUACUCGACGUUACCACCGAAUCUUCAACAGAGAAUAUUCGAGCCUGCUCCACCCACUAAAGCUAAUGGUGCUAUCGGUCGUAAAGUCGUGGUCUCGACUAAUAUCGCGGAAACAUCAUUGACUAUCGAUGGGGUUGUCUUUGUGAUAGAUCCUGGUUUUGCCAAGCAAAAAGUAUACAACCCUAGAAUUCGUGUCGAAUCUCUUUUAGUAUCCCCUAUUAGUAAAGCUUCGGCACAGCAAAGGGCUGGUCGAGCUGGCAGAACUCGACCUGGAAAGUGCUUCAGAUUGUAUACGGAAAAAGCGUAUAAAAAUGAGAUGCAGGAUAAUACGUAUCCUGAAAUUUUGCGUUCCAAUCUUGGAAGUGUCGUAUUGCAGUUGAAGAAACUUGGAAUCGAUGAUCUGGUACACUUCGAUUUUAUGGAUCCACCUGCGCCUGAAACUCUCAUGAGAGCUUUGGAACUUUUGAAUUAUUUGGCAGCUCUCGAUGAUGACGGAAAUUUGACGGAUCUUGGCGCAGUCAUGGCAGAAUUUCCAUUGGAUCCCCAAUUGGCGAAAAUGCUUAUAGCAUCUUGCAAUCAUAAUUGUAGCAAUGAAAUACUCAGCAUCACUGCUAUGCUUUCAGUCCCACAGUGUUUUGUGAGACCGAACGAAUCAAAAAAGGCCGCGGAUGAUGCAAAAAUGAAAUUUGCACAUAUUGAUGGUGAUCACUUGACGCUACUUAAUGUGUAUCAUUCCUUUAAACAACAUAUGGAUGAUGUUCAAUGGUGUUACGAUAAUUAUGUAAAUUAUCGAUCAUUGAAGAGCGGAGACAAUGUAAGACAACAAUUGAGCAGGAUAAUGGAUAGAUUUGUAUUAAAACGCACUUCAACGGACUUCAAUUCAAAGGAUUAUUACAUUAACAUCAGGAAAGCUCUUGUUAAUGGUUUCUUUAUGCAGGUAGCGCAUUUAGAAAGAACAGGCCAUUACCUAACCAUUAAGGAUAAUCAGGUAGUGCAACUUCAUCCAAGCAGUUGUUUGGAUCACAAACCAGAGUGGGUUAUUUAUAAUGAAUUUGUGCUCACUACUAAAAAUUAUAUUAGGACAGUCACUGAUAUUAAACCUGAUUGGCUACUCAUGAUAGCACCACAGUAUUAUGACCUACAAAAUUUCCCACAGUGUGAAGCGAAAAGACAAUUGGAAAUGAUUCAGGCGAAACUAGACUCGAAGCAGUAUCAGGAAGGCUUCUAACCAUUAUAUACUUUAGAUAUGUGUUUGAAAAUCAUGAGAAAUUUUCGGGAAUGCUCAGUCAAUCUGCUUCUAUCAUGGCAAACUUUGCUAUACAAGUUUUUCACGUAUCACAGCUACAUCACAUACAAAACAUUGUACAACACAUUGUGAGAGAGAAUAAUCACUUUCUGUCCUUUACUUAAGAUACGGAAGAAAUAUAUUAAAACAUUUAGGUUUCUGUAUAAGUUAAAUAUUAGCUUGUACGAUGUAAAAAUUGAAUAUUUAAUAUUUUCAAUGCUUAAAUUUGAAAAGGGGGAAAUAAAAAUGGACAAUUAGUUGGAAACGCAGCAAAAGUAUGUAAGUUAAUCGAUAAAAGGAUUAUUUAUGUACAUUUAAGAGAAGAUUUAGUCUCUAAGUAAUUUUAACAAAAAAAAUUCGCUAAUCGACGUUUACAUUCGGACGCAUUCGGAAUACUGCUAGAUAUAAUAGAUUAAUUUUUGUAUUAAAUGUUGACCGUAUAUCAUGAAGAAGACAUGUAAAAUGGCCACUAUGAAUUGUCAAAAAUAAGCAUCUUGCCUAAUACUCUUUGAAACAAAAUGUUCUUUUGUUAACUUGCCUUUUAUUGUAAUAAUAACAAAAUUGUAAUAUGUGUCGUAUGAUUUUAUGUUUUCUGUUUUGUAUUCUACUUUUUUGAACUUAAAAUAUGUUGCAAUGUCCAUGAAGAUUUUUUUAAUA